GCCGCAUUGCCACGUGCGUCCGUGCGUGUCGAAAACGCCCGGAGCAGGACAAGUUGCUAUUCGCUGUCAUGGGAUUAUCAAGCAGGCUGCUGAAGAAGCUGCGUGAUUACGGUGACAGUUUUCUGGAUGACGGGGACGGAACCACCCGGUCAGACGCAUUGAAGCAUGACCACAAAAAGUCGAGGCGCUCUGUAGCAGAUCAGCGUAGAAAGUGCACCUCUGCACCGACGAAGCUUACUGAGAUAGAGCGCAUGCGAAUGGAACUCGGCCUUGACGAGGCCUGCAACAAACCAGCUGACGACGCACAGCCAGAGCCAGUUUGCGAAGAUCGACGAGUGGCUCCGACCAUAAUAUUCAACGAUCCAACCAAGCGCAAGGCAAAGAAACGGCAGCUUGAAGAAAAAAACACUUGCAAUGAGAUGCCACAGGAAGUAAAUGAAAUAAGCUUCAAGAAAGCAAGGCAUGAUGUGCUGAAGUUUGGCAUAAAAGGCUUAGACAAACCCAAACAAGAAGAAGCCAAGAUUUCACUGGCUGUGCAGCUUGGAGCCAAGCCACCCAAAAACAGAUACUUGAAUUACAAGGAGCUUGUUAAUGACAGAAAGGAGAAAAAAGUGAAGGAAAGAGAAGAAAGAAUUAUGAAUGCAAAAAUGGGUCUUAAGCCUAAAAGGCAGGGAAAUCUUAGGCAAAGGAAACCAAGCCAUGUACAACAUGAAGGUGUCCACCAUGUGAGUAAAGACCUGAUAUCGAAGAUAAAGCAGAAGAAAGGAAAGUGAGCAAGUGUGUGAAUCCUGUUGGAAAUGGAAGACUAUGAAGGUCACGCACUACGUGGCUACAAUCAUCAUUAGGAUCAGUGUGGGCAUUAGUAGGGAAGAGGAAGGCAGACGUGUCAUCCGUCUCUGUCAUAUACAUUUGGUGCCGAAACUCUCCACUUCACUACCUGAGGCAGAAGCAGCGUUCUCACUUUUGUUUCUAGGCAACCAUCUCCUUGUUUUGUCACACCCUUGUCUAGUUCCUCAAAGUUGUGUGAAACAAAGUCUUGACGUUCAGGCUGUGCAUCCAAUGUCAAGUACAGGACAGGAAACAUGGUAGGACUGCUCUCUCCACCGACCAGCCGAUUGAAUUGGUCGUUGUUGAUGGUUGGUAAGCUGCCGACAGGUUCUUUUGCACUCAUCAUCAGCUGGCCUAUGACAGCAACAUGUUCAUCCUCUUCAACCUUAUCGUAUAAACCACAGCCUCCACCAUUUAUUUUACCUCCUUCUGCUCUUUCAAUAUUGUCAAUCCUUUGAUCUUCUAUCAGUUCUUCAUCUCACUUCAGGGUACUUCCACAAUGCUCAAAUGGCUGUUCCUCUUCUGUAGAAUUAACAGCGUGACAUGUUUGCUCCAGAGAAUUUCUCACUCGCGUCAUUGUCACGUUAUCACCACAAAAAGAGUCUCAAGUCACUGAAUUAUGAUGUGGUAGGUCCACACUUCUGCAGGGAGAUUAUGUGUAGUUUAUUGCUUGAACCUCGACACAAUUGUUUUGACUCGCAGACUUUACUCUUUUGUGGUUGGAAUCUGUGCCUUCCAAGCAUUUAAUGUCUCUUUCCAUGCCUUAAAGCGGCCCUAAAACACUUUCAAGUAACCAUGGAAUGAGUUCACUGGAAAAGCUUAUUGUUUCACAAAUUCAGCACCCCCAAAAUUUUAAGAAUCCGUACAGUGUGAGUGAAGUUACAAAGAUUUGUCGCAUGCUGCAAUCGCAUUUUGCUUCUUUCGUCCCGACAAAAGCAUUGGAAGCUAAGCAGGGAGGUGUGGCAGGGGAAAAUACAUCACGUGCACAUUGGGACCUUGAGCACUUUUUCUUUUUUUUUUUCUUCGAAUGCGGCUUUGUCAGUGUGAUCGCGCGCACGCAUGGACAAGUCGCAGCCUCCCACGGAGAUCUCUGUAACAACAGGGCGCGCCAUGUUCAAAUCGGUCAAUGGCUGAUAGAUGGCUUUCUGCAAGUGAUUUUUGAGCGUCUUCCGUCAUUUGUCAAGAGAAGAGAAAGCAAUUUUUAGCUGACUUGGAUAAUUUAUUGUGAAUUCCAGGCCGCUUGCUGCACUAUAACUUUUGGCUCGCAUGUUCUCGGGAGCCUCUACUACCGAUUGGCUGAGUUUUCUGACCAUGUUAAAAAAGUUUUGCAGGGCCCCUUUAAGAAAAGGUAAAGUAAGGUAAAGUCAUUAGCUUUUUUAUGGAAACCAACUUUGUUGUGGUAUUCACGGUCAUUUCUGACGUUAAAAAGCGGUUGAUAGCUCGUGUCAUUUAGGUGAAGAGACUGUUCGUGUUGGAACAAAAAAUACUGCCCACCCUCACUUGCACAUUCUACCUUCUUAAGGUAGUUUGCAGCAUCCCCGAGCUCCUGGACAACUGCCUCAGUUACGUUGAGGAUCUCCUUGUCUAACUGGCGGAGCUCAGCUUCUUUAGUCAUCAAAAUGGUGACUCGCCUGUUGACCUUACAUGCCUCAGUGUCAAGGUCUUGCAGUAAUCCAGUCAGGAGCAUAAUAUUGCAUGAGACACUGGCCCUGACAGUUCCCCGCACCUUUUGAAGAUGCUGGGCCGAAGUCAUCGUUAUUCCGAAAUGACCACUCUUGGGUUUUGGCACCAAAUAUAAGCAACGGGGGCCCAGAGUCAUAGAACUGGGAGACGAUGUUUACUCCAUAAGGGCCGACUUUGAAAUCCUAGCAAUGUUCUCUUCAUUCUCUUUGUCUCUCACACCUCCCCCCAAGCCUAUGCCCUACUUCUUUAUUUUCAACACAUCCAAUAAAUAAAAGUUUAUUUGUACAACUGGCAUAGAAAUCAAAUUACUUGGGCUUAAAGUGGUCCAGGACAUUCGUUGAGCUCCUGUUCUUCAGUUUUUUCAUCUCAGCCUUCUUCUCUUGCGAGAUCCACUUCACGUGUUCGUGCAUAGCAAAAAGACUCUGUACACACCACACUUAUAACGUAUGACAUUAAACUCUGCUUGUCAGAUGUGUG